CUUCAUUUUGUACUGAAGGGCUCAUGAAUAGGCUGAAUCUUUCAGGAAGGAAAACUGGCAUUCUUUUGCGGACAAUGGGUCAGGAGAAAAUGGUCAGUAGCUAUGUGUUUCAGAUUUGGAAGUAGCUGGUUUGGAUUUAGAUCACUACUGUGACUUGCCUGACUUAUUUACUCAGAAAAGCAUGCCUGUUCAUCAAUGUAAUAUUCCCCGACAGGAAGAUCUCGAUAGAUGGCCACAUUUGCGCCAUAUUAAGAUACUGGAGAUAAAUUCCGGGGUAGACCUGUUGAUCGGGACCAAUGUGCCCAAGGCUUUAGAGCCAUGGGAGGUUGUUAGAAGUCAGGAUGGAGGUCCCUAUGCAGUAAAAACUAUGCUGGGUUGGACGGUGAAUGGUCCUCUCAGAGAGGAUCGUAAGACUGACAUUUUUGAUGUGAGUGUCAAUAGGAUUUCCGUGGCAAGAUUGGAUGAGCUGUGGGAACGUCAAAUGAAGGCUGAUUUUCCAGAAUGUAUUCAGGAUGAGCAGUUUGCUUUGUCUAGAGAAGAUCAGCAGUUUAUGAAGUCAGUGAUGGAUUCUGUUAAGUUGGUUGAUGGUCAUUACACCAUUGGUUUACCUUUUAGGUGCAAUCAGGUAAACAUGCCAAAUAAUAGGAAGGCUGUAGAACAGCGAGCUAUGAGCCUUAAACGGAAGUUUGUCAAGGAUGAUUCCUGGUUGUCAGGGCCAAAGUUUCUUGCUGAACCAGAAAUUAAUUGGCCAGUGAACCUUGAUUUUGGAAAGAUCUCUUUUAAAUGAUCCAGAGAUUAAAAUGGCCAAUUUAGUUAAUGCUGUUGAUGCAAAUGAAUACAAGAGUGCAUCAAUCAGGGACAUCAAGAAGGCCUACAGAAAGCUGGCUUUGCAGUUACACCCCGACAGAAACCAAGACGACCCGCAAGCCCUGGACAAGUUCGCAGACUUGGGGGCAGCCUAUGAGGUCCUCUCAGAUAAGGAGAAAAGGAAACAGUAUGACAUGUAUGGAGAGUACAGGCUCAAAGAGGGUCACCACAGCUCUCACAGCGAUAUCUUCUCCAGUUUCUUUGGUGAUUUUGGGUUCAUGUUUGGUGGCAACCGACAGCAACAGGACAGGAAUAUUCCCAGAGGAAAUGACAUAAUACUGGACCAGGAGAUUACACUGGAAGAAGUGUGCUCUGUGAACUUUGUGGGUGGCGAACGUGAGUUGAAAGAGGCAGUGGAAGGAUGGAAUCAGGCACAGAUUCAUGAGAUGCUGCUGCAAAAGGGCAUAAAGUGGAUUUUUAAUCCUCCUGCUGGUUCCCAUCAUGGCGGUGUUUGGGAACGUCUCAUAAGGUCUGUCAGGAAGGUGUUAAAUUCCAUUUUGAAAGUGCAGAAUUUGGACGAAGAAGGCCUUUGUACAGUUCUUUGUGAGGCAGAGGCUAUUGUGAACAGUAGACCAAUAACUAAAGCCUCUACUGAUCCUAAUGAUUUGGAGGCCUUGACUCCUAACCAUCUGUUGUUGCUUAAGACCAAGCCAUUGAUACCACCAGGAGUGUUUCAGAAGGGGGACGUGUAUGGACGACGUCGAUGGAGGCAAGUACAGUACAUGUCUGACCUGUUCUGGAAGCGCUGGGUCAAGGAGUACCUGCCCCAGCUUCAAGAGCGUCAGAAGUGGCAGAGAAUCGGACGGAACUUCAUUCCUGGGGAUGUGGUUAUCGUUGUCGAUGAUUCUGCGCCUCGUAACUCUUGGGUGACUGGAAGGAUUGUGGAAGCAAUUUCUGACAGUAAAGGACUUGUACGUCAGGUUCGUGUUAAAACAAAGACUGGUUGUUUGGACAGGCCGAUCACUAAAGUGUCUUCUACAGGAAGCAGAAGAGUCAUGAAGAUUGACUUUUUCAAAUGUCUAUUUGUAUUAAUGUAUAUUUGUUUAUUUUGAAUUAAAAUUGUAUCUUUGAAUGUUUGAUAAAGGAUAGAUCAUGUUUAUCAAUAUGUCUCCUACAUGGUAAGUAUGAUGUAAUUAUUGCUCUAAAAUAAUUAGGGGCUGGUAUGUAGGAGCCAUACGAGUUCCUUUUUUGACUAAGUGGGUUGGUUUAAAUGGACUCACUGUAUAGAGAUUGAAAAUGUG